CCACUAUCGACAUCACCACACGACGCUCUUCUCCUUUCUCUUUUCUCUGUUGUACUUCUUUACUUUGUCGUUUUGGAGUGAGAGAGCCAGGGGCUUUCAGAGAUUAUUACGUUAUUCGAAGGGGCCGGAUAUACCUCUUCUUUCGUUCCGUUUACACUCAUCUUAGAAACCCCGGAAUUCGCAUUACUGUGCAUUGUUGGCAGUUUGUGAAAGAGACAGAUCAAUCUUACAAAUGACCUUGCUGGAAUACAUCCAAUCAUGCUGCCGUCACAAUUAAACAGCCCGUCAAGGAGGGCCAAUCCGUUCGGGCGCAGUUCGGUGUCGCCUUCUCCAGGACCUCAGUCCCUCCCUUCGCGGCCAAGAUCCGCUGUCUUCUCAUCACCUGGGAAUGCUGCAGUGGAGGCAAAGGGUCACCUGCGCAACUCUUCCACAUCAAAUCUCUCCCCAGUAUCGCUUGCGUCCCCGGGUGGUCGGCAACGAUCCAGUUCAGUUCGACAGAAUGCCCAGACAGGUACAUUUGCUCCUCAGUUUAUCAAAUCUGAGGAGUUACGGCGGGGAGCAGACCAGGUUCGAGUAAUGGAAGGAGACAACGACUUCUCAGGUAAACGCUAUGUCUGGCUCAAGGAUCCUGAGAAGGCGUUUGUCCGCGGCCUGGUGGUGGAGGAGAGAGAAGGGGCCCAGCUGUUGGUGCAAUGCGAUGACGGAACAGUAUGAACCUUCCAUGUUUACUUCUCUGUUCGGAAUUAACACCAUUGUAGCAGCGUGAGGUAGAUAGUGACCAAGUCGACAAGGUCAAUCCGGCCAAGUUCGAUAAGGCAGAUGACAUGGCCGAACUUACGCAUCUCAACGAAGCGUCAGUAGUGCAUAACCUGCACUCACGGUAUCAAUCCGACUUGAUAUAUACAUAUUCA